ACGUGCGGAGCCGGGGGGCGGCGGAGGGCUGCGGGGCCCGGCGGCGAACGGGGAGAGGCCCAUGUAUGACCAUGCCUUUGCUCAGCUGUCUGGAUUUCACUGUUCAGCAAAGAGGAGUGAAUGGAGCUGCAGAGGAGCACAAGCUUUGGAAUGCAUCUGGCCAUUAAAACAGCGUUUUAUUCAGGGUUGUGCAAGUGCUAGGAGCUGCUUCCCAAAGAGCUGCUGGGCACCGUUCCACUGUAGGAUGCUUCGCAAUGCCCUAGGAAAAACCUUCCGAUUUCUGGGCUACACGGUGCAAUAUGGCUGCAUAGCACACUGUGCCUUUGAGUACCUUGGAGGAAUUGUUGUGUGCUCUGGACCUUCCAUGGAACCAACCAUUCAGAACUCUGAUGUUGUCUUUUCGGAGAACCUCAGCCGCCACUUUUACUGCAUUCGAAAAGGAGAUAUUGUAAUUGUGAAAAGCCCAAAUGACCCCAAAUCAAAUAUCUGUAAAAGAGUAAUUGGCUUGGAAGGGGAUAAAGUCUGCACAAGCAACCCUUCAGAUUUCCUUAAGAGUCACAGCUAUGUGCCAAAAGGACAUGUCUGGUUAGAAGGUGAUAAUCUCAGGAAUUCUACAGAUUCCAGGUGCUACGGACCUGUUCCUUAUGGGCUGAUAAGAGGACGCAUUUGUCUUAAGAUCUGGCCUCUGAAUGACUUUGGAUUUCUACGUGCAAGCCCCAAUGGCCACAGAUUUCUUGAUGAUUAAAAGACUUAAGUACUA